UUUUUCACUCCUUUGACUUUCUUUUCCUUUACCCGAUUUUAUGAUCCAUAUCGCUUUCCCUUACCACCCAAGCGCUAGCAACGCUCUUUUAUUGUUUCAUCCAAUCAACUCUUGAGCGACUUUAUUACUUUUGCUUGAAUCCUUCCAUUCCAACAAUAUGUUGGUCGUGUCUGCGCACAUGCCCUUCUCCGAGGUUUACUCCACAGUUUCGCGCUGGGCCCUAUUCUUCUCCAUUAUCUUUCCUCCAGUACAUGCUCUCGGGCUUGAGACUUCCGCCUCCUCCCCGAGUCCCAACCACGAUUGUCCCCACUAUCACCAUAAAAUAGGCCUCCAUCGCUUCAGCUCUGCGUAUUCGUUGAUAGUCUAUCUUGACCCGACUCAUGCCUCUUGCUUACCUUUGUCAGCUGCAUUCCCCUAUGUAUUGAAUGAAGACCGAGACAAGCAAUUGUUACCAUUGCGGACGCGUUCCUCUAGUGUUAUUGAAAAUGUUGUUAGUCAAUCUUUGAUUAGCUCUCCGUCACGACGCAAGAAAACUAUCAAUCGUUGCCAACGUCUCCCAUGUAAGGAGUCAGUCGCAUCACACCCAUCAUCAGCACAACUACAGCAUUAUCACCAACGACAUCAUUGUUACUGCCAGAGACAGAGAAAGGAAAACGGAAGAGAGACAGAGGAAAUGAAUAGGGAUCAGGCUCCGACUGCUACGCAUCAGCAUCAACCUAAGGACAAAAAAGAGCAUUUUCCAAUUUCGGCUAAUUUUUCUCCUAAUUGUCACUGGGAUACGAACUCAGCCCAGGAUCAACAUCAAAAGUACUGCAUUAGUGUGCUCACAGAUACAUCAACAGAUAUGAUCACAACCCCAGUUUAUAGUCGAGAGCACCCUCAUCAGAAGAGAAAGAUGUCUGACAAUAAUAUCAGAAGAAUCAAUGUGAGGAUGGAGCAGGGUAAACUAACAAUGACUAGAUCCUUCCUCCAUCAGUUUCUGAGUCCACCGUCAUUAUCUGCUAUGAAACCAUCUCAGAAUCAAAGUCGGCAGCAAGGACGGAUGACCUGGCUGGAUGUUUUUUUAGACAAGAAUCCAUCUUUUGUCUCGCCUCAGCAAGAACGUACGGUGAAUCCAGCACAGAGCUCGAAGCAUGUUACUCGAUAUUGUCAAGAUGAAGAAAAUGGCCGUAGGGUUGAUUCAGAUAUUUUCCGGCAGGACCGUCCAUUCAGUUCAAGUCAUAAUGCUUUUCCACUCGUUGGUACCUCUCUUCAAUCAUGUCCCCAGCAUUCAGAUUCAAAGCGACGGAUAGAGCGAAGGGAUAGUGCUCAUUAUAAAGACUGGGACUCAGAGGUUCUGGUUUCUUCAGUGCCUUUGAUCAAUACUUUCAACCGAGUACUUGUCCAACUAGGCUUACGUCCAACUGCUGGAACAGAGUCGAAUCUACUUCAUGGGUCAGCCAACAAGGUUAUUAGUUCGUUACCUUCAUGGCGUGUUCAACCUCAUGCGGAUCGCAUGGCUCCAGAAGCCGUGUCGGUCAAGGAUGGUCAGAAAGAAGCGAAAGGAAUGGCCUCGACACCGUUUUCGCCUCUUUAUACUUCAUCACUCUUGAAGCAACAAAAAGCCAUCUUCACUACCACUGCUACCAGAACCACGAAACACUCUGAGAAUGUCAAAAUGGAUGCUGAAGCAAAAAGAGAAAUGAAAGGCGAAGGUCCAGAAGUAAAAGCAGGUACAGAAGAUACCUGUGAACCCGAUGGGCCCACGAUGUUUACUGUACCCACACAAGGACCAAAUCUGCUCCUCAAUAAGCAGAUCACUAUGGAUCGUGUGUUUGUUCAUUGUAAAAGUAGUGGUACCGACAAUAGUAACGGCAAUGGUAUCCAGACUUACACUCGGCGUGUUGUGCGGCGAAUUUCUUCCUUUUCGCCUUCAAAGUUUGCACAGGAUGCCACGAUCUUGGCCCAAGAUGACAGUAUGGCAGGAAAACUGGCCAUGGUGGUGAUGAGCACUGUCUGUGGAGUAGGUGUUGGGAUGUUUGGUGCUCUGCUUUUUGUAGUAGCGCUCAAAGUUCGACUCUUUCAGGUCCGUCGACGUGAAAGACAGCAAAGAGAUAACGGAGGGGAGCUUAAUGCGCAUGCGGCAGCAGCAGAACAGCAGCAGCAAUUGAUGCAUGGGUAUGGAUACAAACGUGUUAUUCCAAAAGGCUUCCUUGAUAGCCUUGGUAUCCAGACUGUCCUCCACACCUCGACUACCACAAUGACGACCACCACCCUUGUGUCCCAGCUAGAAAUAAGAAAUGCGAAGUUUGUGAAGGCCAAACUGGGAUUUGCAGAGAACGUGAUUGAGAUGGAGGAAGGCUUUGAGGAUAUGGUGACGCGCCACAAUGCGCGACGAGAGCGAAUGAGGACUCGGACAAACCAUCUUUUCGUCCAAGAGGAAGGAGGUGCGUCGACUAUUAGCACCACUUCACUCAUGCCCACCUCGGUAUCGUCUGCGAUAUCUCUAUCGGUUUUACAUCCAACCGAUGAUCUGACCAGCAGCAGCGGUACAAGUAGUGGCGCCAACAAUAUUGCGUCUUCUACCAUGUUUAAUGAGGAUAAAGAUCGGAUACAUGACAUAGGCAAAUCGCAUGAUGAUGAAGGAGAAGGAGGUGGAGAAGGCAUUGAUGUCAAAGAGAAAAGUAAGCUUCCAUUUGCGAAUGCAAAUGCACAGACAAUGUGUUCGAUCUGCUUGGGGGAUUAUGAAGUUGGAGAUCAAGUGCGAACACUGCCAUGCUACCAUCGGUACCACGUGGCAUGCAUUGAUCCAUGGUUGUUACAGGUUGCAUCACUAUGUCCUAUCUGCAAGCAAGAUCUGUGGCCUGGACAUUCGUCCUAGUAAACUGCUUUGAGCUAGCUGUAGUUUUUGCAGUGAUGUCCAACAUUACUUAUCACAUCCAUCCAUUUGAUGCAUCUGGUGCAUUUGAUGGAGAAUUUUUUUUAUAUUUUAUUUCCGACUGCUCAGAUGAGUUCAUGAAGCUGAAAUAUGAACCAUGUACCAGUAAAAAAAGCCAAUCAAAAACCUUUGACUGGUAUGUGGAGCAAAAA